UUAGCGGAAGGAAGCGCCCAGCUUGGGGCAGUGACGUAGUGGAGCGGCGGGGCUCGGCCCCGGCCCCGGCCUCGGCCUGAGGCCGGCAGCAUGUGGGGGGCGGCCGAUGCGUUCCAGAUUUUCAGCCUUCGCAAGUCCUCUCGUUGAUGAUUUCUGCAAAAUAGGAUGAAUGCUCUGCCAGUGGUUGGUGCUUGAGUACAAUGUUUGGAUUAAUGGAAAUGCUUCAAAGAGCAUCAGAAGAAUUCUCUCCAAAGAUGGAGAUUCCUGAGGAGGAGAUGGAUACAACUGAUACCCAAUGGGGCUGGUUUUACUUGGCUGAAUGUGGCAAAUGGCAUAUGUUUCAGACUGAUUCAAACACUCAGUGUUCAGUUAGCAGUGAAGACAUUGAAAGGAGCUUCAAAAUGAACCCGGAAGGCUCUGUUUCUUUUACUACUGCAAAAUUUAACUACAAGUUAGACUUUUCAGUGAUGAAACAAACCAAUCUGACUACUGGAAAACAGCGUCCAAUAAAGCGAGCUCCCUUUUCUAUCAGUGCUUUCAGUUAUAUCUGUGAAAAUGAGGCUAUCCCAAUGCCUUCACACUGGGAGAAUGUAAAUACAGAGGAACCGUAUCAGCUUAUUCCUUUGCAAAAACAAACAAAUGAAUAUAAUGAAGUUUCUAGUCUCUUUGGGAAAACAAUGGAUAGCAACCGAAUUAAAAGAAUUCAGAGAAUUCAUAAUCUAGACUUGUGGGAGUUUUUUUGCAGGAAAAAAGCUCAGCUAAAGAAGAGAAGAGGUGUCCCUACCAUUAAUGAACAAAUGUUAUUUCAUGGUACCAGCAAUGAAUUUGUAGAAGCAAUAUGCAUUCAUAACUUUGACUGGAGAAUAAAUGGUAUGCAUGCUGCUGUGUAUGGAAAAGGGACCUAUUUUGCAAGAGAUGCAUCGUACUCCAGUCGUUUCUGCAAAGACGAUAUGAAGCAUGGAGACACUUUUCAAAUCCAUGGUGUCAGUCUGCAACAUCAUGUGCUCAGAAUGUAUAAAGUUAUGUUUCUUGCUCGUGUUUUAACUGGAGACUAUGUCAUUGGAGAUUCCAAAUACAUGAGACCUCCUUCAAAAGAUGGGAGCUUUGUGAACUUAUUCGACAGCUGCGUGGAUAGUACUUGGAAUCCAAAGAUCUUUGUUAUCUUUGAUACCAACCAAAUCUACCCUGAAUAUUUAAUAGAGUUCUGUUAAGUUUUGCAAGGAGCCAAACUGAAUAUUAGGUUGGUUGUGAUGGAUGGGCAGUAUGUCUUUGCGAAGGAAAUAUAACUUACAAUUUUUUUUUAAAUACGUUGUGGUGAACAGAGAUGGAGAUGUGAAGGAAAAUCUGGCUUACAUCUGUAAAAUCCUUUUGGCUGAAGAUGCAGAGUAUGGACUGUUUUUACCAAGUAGAAUCUGAUUGGGGAGGAGAAGAGGGACCAGAAGAAAGAUCAGAGAGACCUAAACUCCUGAAGAAGGGGAAGUGAGGUGUUAAAUGAGUAAAAACACAUUGGCUCUCCCUCAUGAGAUUGCCUCUUUGGAUCCCUGCUCUUGGAUUGUUGCCCUGUCACACAGACCAUAGAUAUACUCAAAGUUGUGUUAGUUUUCUGGCAUGGGAGGGAGCAUACUACUGCAUGUGCACAGCCUGGCAUUAUGACCCAGCUAAUAGGGACAUGUAUCCCCUCCUCCCUAAGUCCUUUAUCUGUGUCUGUUCAUGGACUCUUGCAGUCACACCAUGUGUUAGUUGUUUGUGUUCUUUGAAAUUUCUUGGAAACUUUUUUCCUCAACUUAUCUUCUUCAGCUGCUCAGGGCAGGGACUGUGGCUUCCUUUGUGCUUGUACAGUACCUAGUACAAUGGGUCUCCUGAGUGGGAUUUCUGGGUGUUAUUGCAAUGAUAACCAGUGAUUGGUGCUACAGAACGGUAAACCUUCACUGAUCCACAAGCCUUGUAAUACACACAUGCAUGCACACACAAUAAGGCGACAUCCACACUGUGAGCGAGGGGUAUGAGUCCCCUGCACAUGUACGCAUACUUGAGCUAGCAUGAGUAUAAAUAGUGUAGCUGUGAUAGCAUGGGUAGCAGCCAUGGAGGAAUGGCUAAGCCAUCCCAGUAUGAGUAUGUGUACACAAGCAGAGGGAAUCGCCCUUGGGUUGUAGUGAACCCUCCCGACUUCUCAUUAGAGAUUUACUAGCAAAUGCAGUAGGGUGUCCUCAGACUAAGUCCUCUUUAUUUUUAUAAAAUAUGCUACAAUACAUGUACUUGGACAUUAUGAAAUUAAAAGAAGUCAAAAUAAAAAAAAAAUUGUACUCUUUUGUUUGUUCACUCACUAAUUUCCAAAAUCCAGUAACUAUUUUCCUCAAGUCUUACUGGGCUGUUGUGGCUAAAAGUAACCAACAAAUCUGUUUUUUAAAAGGUAUGUAUGUUUGGCAUGCAUACAAUAUCUUCAAAAGAUCAGUAUGAUUUAUGUUUACCCUGCUUGUGUUUACUUACACCUCUAUAGCUUGUCCACUCUGUGCCUUUCUAUUUAGACUCAAGGGAAUUGAGUGGAAAAACCUUAAUCUCACCAGUCCAAAGUGCCAUGGAGGGUGGUUUCAGCUUUUCAUCUAGUGUCCACUCUAUCAGCUUUCCUGGUACAAUCAUCUUCAUCUGUAUUGAUAACUCUUGAUAGUGAAGCUGUUUACACCAUGUAGACAGCUACUGUGCAACGUCUUGGGCUUUAAAAAAGUUGAAUGGUAGUUCUUAGUUCUAAAUCAGAUAAAUUACAAGGAGGAAGUUGGUGUAUUUUUCAUUUGAUUGGAAUAACUGUAGCCACCGAGAGAUUCUAUUUUGUGGUUUUUCAUAGUGUGUCCUUCAGAUCCAGACUUACCAAGUCCAGUUUCAGCCAUCAGUGUUCAGAGGUGACAUCUAGAGAUUUAUACUGUAUCUCCUCUGGCAAGGCCUCCUGUACCUAGACUCUUUCCUUGACAACCAACACUAUGGCAUUGAGGCAACUGAUUCAGCAUGUCCCCAAUACUGGUUGUCACAUGCCUGGCUGAGUGGGCAUUUCUGUCUCUUUUGAGUUCUUCUCCUCACUUAUAAGAAGUGAGGAAACGAUCAACUACAGUGGAUAACUCCUUGCAUCCAACUUGUAUUGAGGAUGGUGGGGCUUGCUGCCAGAUGAAAUAAAAAUGGCAACUGUGUUCAUAGCAUUCAGAGCUAUGAUGUCAACCCCGCACCUCUUUUCCCAAGCUUUUACAGAACAUCAACCUUGCUCAUGCCAACACUCCCUCUCUUCAAAUUCAGUAAUAAUGACAUUUUAAACAAACAACAACCUGCUAAACUUACCCCUUUCUGGCAAAAUAAAGAAGGGGAGAAGAGGGAGAGAAAGAUCAUUGAUGAUAUUAUUCUUAGGAGGCACUCAGCUACUAUGGAGAAAGCAGCCAGUAUUAGAACCCAGUUGGAUAAAGAAAGGAGAUUAGUGUCAGUUGGUCUAGAGAGAAAAACAAAUGAGGGUAUUCAGUCUCUAGCGGGGACUCCACCGUUUUGAUUGUCCACCAUGUGCCUUUUCAAUCUCUUGUAUUAUAACUAGAUAUUCAAUUUUUGAUUUAUCCGGAGAGAUCCUGCAAGCUGUUUAAUAUCUCAGUUGCGGAGCAAAGCAGAGAAGCUUUUAUAAGUGAUGGUUUGAAGGACUCAGCCAGAGAUUUUAAGGUCUUUUUUGGAUAUUCUUGCCCCAAGUAUCUGACUUUAUCAUGAUCCUUUCCAUCUUGCUGCUGGCUUGCUUCUCCAGAUAUCAGACUCUCCUAUAGCAGCCAUUUUGCAGGACAGUGCUAUGUGCUCCAUUACCUAGAUAGAUCUCAGUCUUUCUAAAAGGCACAAAUAUUGUGUAUGGGAGAAAAAUUCUCCCUUGGACAUAUCUCAUUCCGGAGGUGUUCUGUACAAAUUGACGUUUGUUCUCAGACUUGUUGCUUGCAAGUAAGCAUUCCAGUAGAUAAAGGCCUUAACGCCCAUGUUGUAGGGGCCAUGGCAGUUUCUACAGCUUGACAGAAUGUGUCUGGGUGAGACAUUUACUGAGUGCUUAUUGGAACUAGAUAUUUUAAAUCCAGCAUUACACUUCACAGCAAGGCCAGGACAGAUUCCAUUUUGGGGAAAGUUGGCUUGCAGUCCAUUUUUAACAUACCAGUAAACCAAAUGCCAGGAGGUGGGCUGAAGUGUGCUUAAUCAGACUCCAUGAAUGGAGUUUAUUCACAAGGAAUAAAAUCGUUGCCAGUACCUGAUGGUGGUCUUCAUGUAAUUGGCCAUCUGGGUACCUCUCUUAAUGUGCAUGUGGCCAAGAUUGGGUUAUUUUAGGGAGUGGUGUCUAUUGGGGCUGCAACUGCAUCUUAGAUGUCCUCGUGUCAUUCCACCUGAGGGCACAAACGAUGGAGCAGACCCAAGUCUCCCUCAGUCCCCUUUUACCACCCAUGGCAGUGAGAUGGAGUCCUGCAGUAUCCACCAGCUUCUCUGAGACUCUGUUGUUGCUAGUGCUAGUCAUUAGUUAAUACAGUUGUUAGGUAGUUGGCUUUAAAAAACUUUUUUGCCUUUUUUAAGUCUUCUGUGUCGUCCUCUCCACCCACUGGUUCUCUGGGACUUGAGUUGUUAUUGGCAACACUAAAGGUUCAAGAUUUAAGACCUGCUGACCCUGUGAUACGUCCGUGCCACUCAAGGAUGUGCAUUCAAAGUGCCAUUUCUGUUUAGGCAAAAGAUAUGUCUCUGACCAAUGAUCCAUCUGCUCUUUUUCUAAAUGGACUCAGAAGACGUGGGAUGUCUGCCUAAUGAGAGUUGUUUUUUUUUCUGGAGUUCUCUAUGAAAACCUCCUCCGAUAAGGAGAAGGAUGUAGCUAAGACUCAAUCCUCCUGCCACCCCUCCUCAGUUCAUGCCCCUAUGAGCUGUGAUUCCACCCCGAGCUCCAAGGCUGAGAUGGGUGAAACCCCUGUGGUGUACUUCUUCAGGAAGGGGUAGGAAGGAUACGAGAUGAGACACGUCUCCCUAUUUGAGGAGCCUCUAAACAGAGACACAAGUUCACAUUUAUUAGACUCAUCUCAAGCUCUUCAGCUGGUGGGGCUAAGAUAGGUUCCUCUGGCACCUUGAUACUGUCUAUAAAGAAUGCGUGUGGUACCAGUUAAAUCGGCUCACUCCCUUUCCUCUGGCUGUGACUCUUCAGCAAUCUUUGUACCAAGCACCUUGGUACUGUCCCUUUAGUGGCUUUGCCCUAUUUGACACCAAGUAACCUAUUUGAGCCCAGUGCCAGAGUCUCCCUGACUAGCUCAUAUGUCUGCAGUACAAGCUAGGCCUUCGGUCACUGAAAUCACAGUACCACAUAUAGCUGUUGAGACAUCUGUGCCAUCUACUUCCCCUAUACAGGUAGAAAGGGUGCAGGAAUGCUACAGUACACCCAGAAGGGUAGCUGUACUCCUGGAGGAAGUAGAUUUCUUUUCAUCUUCUCCAUUGGAAUAUAGUUAAAGAUACAUCUAUUCAUCCCUCUUCCCUUCCAGAGGCACCACUUUGGAAGUCAGGGAGGGAUUCCAGGGCUAUUCUUUGAGCAGCAAAAAUAAGAAUGAAGUUCUUGGCAUCCUGAUUUUCCUAGGUUACAGCAGAGAGUAAAUUCCACUCACUUCACAUGCCAUUUAUAGGCCUUGGCUACUCUUCAUCUAAAAGACAAAGUAAAAAGGCCUGCGUUUUUAAAUACAGGCUGCAGCAGUGGUCACAUGGUUCAGCAAAUAGAAGUUGAACAAUGAGAUUCAAAAUGCCAGAUGGUCUUGCUGGCUGAUACACGUCUUAAAUGCAUGUGGUGAUUGUGAGGAGCACCUUGUAUCUUUAUCAACAGUACUGUCACCAGACAAACAACUCUCUUGGACUAAUUUUCUAUUAAAUUUUUUAUUUUAAAAAGAUUACAGAGUUUAAACAAGUUAAACAAGCCAGAAUAAAUAGAGAAUGAAGUUUGGCUCUGUAGAGAGACCUGGAUUUGAACUAGGAGACAGGGCUUAGUUCCAGUACCUGCCAUUGAUGUGAUAUGUAACCUUGGACAAGUCACUUCACUUCUAUGCCUUUUUCCCUCCAUCUUUUGUGUCUCUUGUCUGUUAGUCUAUAAGCUCUUUGGAUCAAGGAUUGUCUAAUGUAUAGUUCCUAGCACCACACACCAUUGUACAAAAGAAAAAUACAGGUACCGACUGCAUUAUUGUGAGAAGGGUAUUUAGGUCUUCAGGUGAUCUUGGCAAUAAUUGAACAGCUGGCAAAUUGCUCAGAAAUCAUCUGCAAGGAAUAGUCUCAGGAAGUACUCUUAAGACCCCAACAGAGUUUUGAGACUCAACUAGACAUGUUCCAGAAAGAGAACAUGGGGUAUGUUUUAUGUCAAGGUCAAUAUUUAUUAAUCAGCGAGAGUGACUUUUAAAAAGCUUUGUCAUGUAAUGUGGCUGCCUUAAAUUUUUAUAAAUGCAAAAAACAAAGUUAUCA